GAUGGGUCUUCUAUGUGCGCUCGGUUCGUCGCUGGCCCAGACCUUGCUGAACAUCACCUCCAAGGAACGGAUUGAGUCACUCAAGCUCUCCGGCAUGGAGGCCUUUACUGUCAUGGCGACCAUCUGCGCGGGGCUGUCAGUGCCGUUGUUGUGGCUCUCGUACUCGCAGGACACCGGGAAUGGUAUCCUGUCGGCGGUACUCAGCCCAACCGACGGCAUGCCUCUGCUCGCGCUGCAGAUAGUGAGCAUGGCGGCUUUCGCGUAUCACGUCGAAUACACUCUGAACUUCCUUUUUGUCGCACUGUGCACCCCUUUGGCAUUCAGUGUCACUGACAUUGUCCGCCGGUUGGGAACCAUAUGUUGUGGCGCGAUCCUCUUUAGCAAACCGAUGACUAUGUUAAAUGUGCUUGGUGUUGUGGUUUCGCUCACCGGUGUUGCAGCAUACACCACUGUCUCAAAGCGAGCGGCUGCGCGUGCACGCGGCGAGUCAAAGGAGUGGGCUGCGCAAUACUCGGCGCUGCGAGACGGCAGCAGCGAGGACAGAGAGAAGCAGCCGGACUUGAACAGGAUGGGCGACAGCUCGAUCAGCCUGGGCUUCUCCUUCUCCUCCCUGUCCACGCCGAAAAGCAGCACCGACAACCUCCAAAUUGGAAAGAAUGUCCUGCAGGCAAUGCAGCUUCGCCGACAAUUGUCAGUGCCUGUGCCAACUUGCACACUUCGAUGGCAGGACCUGGAGGUGGCAUACCGCACAGCUCAUGGCAGGCGGAUCACCUUGCACAAGCAGUCUGGCUCCGUGCAAGGUGGGAACAUGCUGGCCAUAAUGGGAGCAUCGGGUGCGGGGAAGAGCACUCUGUUGGACACGCUGACCAUGCGGAAGACACUGGGAGAUGUCUCCGGACGCGUCUUUAUGAAUGGACGCGAACAAGAUGAAGGCUUUUUCUUUGCGUCCGCUUACGUGGCGCAGGAGGACAACCUGAUCCCCACGAACACAGUGCGGGAGACGGUGGAGUUCUAUGCUGAGCUUACCAUGCCCAGGUACACACCACCAGUCAUGCGCAAACGAGCCAUCUCGGAGCGACUCCAGGCUGUUGGCCUCGCGGACAAGGAGGCGAAAUUCGUCGGGGGCAAGCUGCCUGGCGGAUUCUCCAUCCGCGGACUGUCUGGUGGUGAGCGACGGCGGCUCAAUAUUGCAGCAGGCGUCGUCCACUCGCCUCCACUGGUUUUCCUAGAUGAGCCGACGAGUGGGUUGGAUGCCUUCUCCGCCUUGUGCGUGAUGGAAAGCAUCCGCGCUCUCACCCGAGCCGGGCACGCUGUAGCGUGCACCAUCCACCAGCCUAGGCAGGCCAUCGUAGACAUGUUCGACAAGGUCUUGUUCCUGGCUUGCGGACAUCUCGUCUACAACGGACCCCCGAGCGGCCUCAAGAAGUGGCUAACCGAGUCGAACCUUUGGGAUCCAGAAAGGGCGAUGACCACGUCCAUUACAGACAUGGUCCUGGACUGUAUCACGGUGGGCUUCGAGAAGAGUGAAUCGAUUUAUGGGUCUCGGACUUUGAGGGACCAGGAGGAUGUUGAGCGACUGGCUGAAGCCUACCUCAACUCGAUUUCUGGCCGAGCCAUCACCCCAGAUGCUACCCCGAAGAGCUUCGUGGUGUUGAAUUCUCGACCUGGGGUCCUACACCAGUACUGGACUCUCCAGCGACAACAGCUACGGAGCUCCCUACGGAGUCCUGGGACCCUGGCAGCACGAAUUGGCCUCCACUUCCUCAUCGGAUUGUUGAUGGGCUCUGUUUAUUUUCAGAUGAACCGAAGCUAUAUCCAGCCUCCAGAUGGGAUUUGGCUGCUGCUCCCACUGCCGCUUCAGCGACACUCGAGCAUGCCUGAAGACCGUGUGGGGGUGUUGUUCCUCCUAGCUCUGGCACAGACAGUGACUCCAAACUGCGCCAUGCCUUUCUUUAUAGAUGACCGCCAGUAUUACACCAAAGAGGCUGCUGCGCGCUUGUACGGAGCAUUGCCGUAUCAUCUGGCAAACGUCGUGAGCGAGGCCGUGGUCUGUGCUGUUAAUGGCGUGCUCGCCUCGGGAAUCGCCACUUUGAUGGCAGGACUACCUUUGAGUGGCAACUGGUACUCCACCAUGUCUUUCCUCGUCUCGCACCACAUGUGUGCGUCUGCAUUGGUGCAGAUGUGUGCUCGGCUGGCUCCCAACCAGGAUGUUGCGUUUGUCCUAAGUGCUGGCUACAUCAUCGUCUGCAUGCUUUUUGCCAACGUCGUGGUAAAGGUUGCUACAGUCACGCCACUGCUGGCCUGGAUGCGUUGGUGCACUUUCCUGUACUUCUCAAUGGCAGGGCUCAUCGAAGCUGAGUUCGCUGGUACGAAAGAGCAGGACUUUCCAGCAGGAGACCGUGUUGUCGACACCUUCCGCAUUCGCUGGGGCGAUGGAGAAGACGCCCACAUCCUGAGUGAGGGAGACUGCUUCAAGUGCUUGUGGUGCUUCUACUUGUUCUUCUCCAUGGUUGGUUUUUUCGCGUUGAAAUUUGGAAGCAAGUCUCAAAUAUGA